GCGAAUUAGUUGUACAUUGGCUGCCGAACGUGAACGCGAACGCGAUUGUAAAUGUGAUUGCGAGUGGGAGAGCAGAUGAAUUCAGUGCCUCGAGUGUAGCCAAUUCCAAUCAUAGUGAAAUCCGAAUAGGGAAGUGUUCGAUAUUCAACCUUUUGUUGCUAGCGAAAUGUUUGUCCAGCCCGAGUUGGGCCAACACCAAUAGAAAGCGUGGCGAUCGAACAACGUAAGCCCCCAACGAAUCAACAGGAGCAACGUAAGUUGUGCGCCAGAGCUGCCACAUCUGCUUAAAACUGCGUUUGCGAUGAUGCCGUUUCGCAGGACGAUCCGAACAUUAUAAAUCGCAACACAUUUUUUCACUAAGUGCACAAAAACAGAAGAAAAGGACGCUUCCAGUAACAGUGAAAGACAAUACUCACUAAACACUUCCAAAAAGGAUUCAAAACCUACAAAAGAAAGCAACACAAAAAUGCAGCUAUUACGAAGAACCGUUAGAUCAGUUGCUACGUUCGCUGUCCUACUACUCCUGCUCUAUGUGAAGGCGCACACGUUUGCCCUAACCAUUGGCCAAGCUGUGGAUGACUCAGCCUCCUUCUCGACUCUGAAUGAGACCAGCAGUGUUGCCAGCCACAAACGUGUCGUCCGUCAGGUCGAUCAGACUGAAGACGAGAUAACGACAGUAAAACCCGAUGUUGAGGUGGAGGAGCUGGGCACCUGUUCGGAGGGUCUCGUGUUGCCACUGUGGAUGCCUCAGCGAAAAAUCUCAAUUGGCGACCGUGCCAUCCGCGGCUUCGUCUACUUUAUGCUAAUGGUCUAUUUGUUUGUGGGCGUCUCGAUUAUAUCGGAUCGUUUUAUGGCAUCAAUAGAGGCUAUCACCUCUAUUGAACGAGACGUGGUCGUCCGUGGACCCAAGGGUGAGAAGCAGACGAUGCGAGUACGCAUCUGGAAUGAGACUGUCGCAAAUUUAACGCUCAUGGCGCUGGGAUCGAGUGCACCCGAAAUUCUACUCUCCGUGAUUGAGAUCUAUGCGAAGAACUUUGAGAGCGGGGAUCUGGGGCCGGGCACAAUUGUGGGCUCCGCAGCAUACAAUCUGUUUGUCAUUAUUGCUCUCUGCAUGGUGUUGAUACCGAAGGGCGAGAAGCGGCGGAUAAAGCAUCUCCGGGUGUUCAUUGUGACCGCCGUGCUGUCCAUAUUUGCUUACAUCUGGCUAUGGGCGAUUCUGUCGGUCAUCUCGCCGGGCAUCAUUGAGGUGUGGGAGGGCGUGGUCACCCUCCUCAUGUUCCCGGCCACCGUGCUGUGGGCAUAUAUAGCGGAGCGACGAUUGCUGCUCUACAAGUACAUGGAUAAGAACUAUCGGAUGAACCAGCGUGGCACGGUCGUGGCGGGUGAGCACGAUGCCGUUGAGAUGGGCGCCGAUGACCCGAAGCAAACAAGCAAACAAUUUUUGCAAAUGAGCAAGAGCGCGCAUGCCUACGAUGAGGCCCGAAUGGAGUAUAUACAGCUGCUAUCGGAGCUGCGGCAGAAGUACCCGGAUGCUGAUCUGGAGCAUCUGGAAAUGAUGGCUCAGGAGCAAAUGAUAACCCGUGGCAACAAGUCCCGCGCCUUCUAUCGCGUCCAGGCCACGCGCAAGCUCAUCGGCAGCGGCAAUCUGAUGCGUAAGAUUCAGGAGCGUGCCCACGAAGAUCUGUCCAGCGUGAAGGCCCAAAUUCAAACGUACGACGAUGAUGAUGACAUACCCACCCGCAUCUACUUUGAGCCCGGUCACUACACGGUCAUGGAGAACUGCGGCGAGUUCGAGGUGCGUGUGGUGCGACGCGGCGAUAUCUCCGGCUACUCGCAUGUCUAUUUUGAGACAUACGACGGCACCGCCUCCGCCGGCUCUGAUUAUGUUGGCAAAAGCGGGAUACUCAAUUUUCCACCGGGUGUCGAUGAGCAGCGCUUCAAGAUUGAAAUUAUCGAUGAUGAUAUUUUCGAGGAGGACGAAUGUUUCUAUAUACGUCUCUUCAAUCCCUCUGAGAACGUUAACCUCUAUGUGCCACACACCGCCACAGUUAUGAUACUGGACGAUGAUCAUGCAGGAAUUUUCGCAUUUGGCGAUGCAGUACAUGAGGUUAACGAAUCGGUUGGAGCUUAUGUUCUGCCCGUCAUGCGAUAUUCUGGUGCUCGAGGUACCGUUAUUGUUCCCUAUUGGUCCGAAGAUGAAACUGCGAUCAGUGGACGUCACUAUCAUGGGGUUCGCGGCGAGUUGAUCUUCGAAAACAAUAUGACUGAGCAAUACAUAACGGUGCCCAUCAUCGAGGAGAGUACGUACGAGAAGGAUGUCAAAUUCAAGGUGAAAAUUGGGGAGCCGGUGCUGGCGCCAGAUGACACAAAUAAGGAAUCAUUUUUCCAUCGAUUUUUUGAAAAUCACACUGGAGAUCAUACUCACGAUGAACUGCUAGAGAAAAUCAAGCAGGUGGAAAGAAAGCCAGCCGAAGAUUUAACAGAUCUCGAACGCAUCUUGCUAAUGAGCAAGCCACGAAACGGCGAGCUGACCACGACAUAUAUCCGCAUACGUGAAAGCACGGAAUUCAAGAGUACCGUGGACAAGCUGGUCGCUCGGGCAAACGUUUCAAGUGUGCUGGGCACAUCGUCGUGGAAGGAACAGUUCAAGGAUGCGCUAACUGUUGUGCCAGCUGACGAGCAUGACUUCGAAGCCGAUGAGGAAGUGGGAGAGGAGGUACCGAAGUGUAUGGAUUAUAUCAGCCAUUUCGUUUGCCUCUUCUGGAAGGUGCUGUUUGCAUUUGUGCCGCCCACAGAUAUCUGCGGCGGCUAUGUCACCUUUGUCGUUUCUAUAUUCGUGAUUGGCGUUCUGACCGCGAUUAUCGGAGAUGCGGCUACCUACUUUGGCUGUGUGCUCAACGUCAAGGACUCGGUGACAGCCAUUUGCUUUGUGGCGCUAGGCACCAGUAUACCAGAUACAUUUGCCAGCAUCAUCGCGGCCAAGCAGGAUCAGACCGCUGACAAUUGCAUUGGCAAUGUCACGGGCAGCAAUGCAGUCAACGUAUUCCUGGGCAUUGGCCUGGCGUGGUCCAUCGCCUCGAUCUAUCAUGCGGUCAAUGGCUCAACGUUCAAUGUGGAGCCCGGAACCAUUGGCUUUGCUGUGACGCUCUUCUGCGGCGAGGCUGUCAUUGCCAUUGGAGUUAUGAUGAUUCGACGAUCGUCCAAGUCGAUACGCGCCGAGCUGGGUGGACCCACGAUUGCCAAAUGGAUGUAUGCGUCGAUAUUGUUGCUCCUCUGGGUUGUAUAUCUGAUCGUGAGCACGCUGGAAGCAUAUGAUAUCAUCAUGAUUUAAGCAGAUCAUGCUAUGAAACGCG